GAGAUGCAGGGUCUGUGGAGCCCACAGUGCGGCAGGAAAACCGCACCACGGCACCAAGAGGAGGCACCAGAAAACCCAGCGUACACUCCAUUCAUGAAGACAUGGACAUGGAAGACAGACAAAGGACAGACUCUAAAGACUCCAAAGAAUGUAUAUGUUCCAGUUAAAGAGCAGCGUUCCCUCUGAAACCAAAGGAAACCUUUUCAGCUCGGUCCGACGACAGGAGCCCGGAUUUCAACUGACAAGGAGCAGAAUGGAUGGAAAAAAACACACACAAUGACUAGCGCGUCAUUGGACCAACACAACUGAGAAACCCGUUAUUAAUGUUGGUGUUUUAUGACUGAGAUAAGCCGCGAAGAGUCCGCGGAAAGACACUGCAUUUGCUUAAAUCACCACCCUUUGACCGUUUCCUGCGAAAUUCCAGCAGUGAGAUGCUUUGACCGUUGUGUUGCGGCAGAGGCUCCAUUGUAACGGUGAGAGCGAUUCGCGCAGAUGAAUAUGGGUGAAGUUCAGGACGUCAGUUCUGUUCUCAGGACCUUCGUUGCCCCAGCUGUCAAGCCUUUCGAACACUAUGACUUUUCCCGAGCCAAAAUCUGUUGCAGCCUCACGUGGCUGGUGGCCAAAGCGUAUGGGACAGACAGUAUCCCAACAGACCUGAAGGACCCUUUCUAUACGGACCAGUAUGAGCAAGAGCACCUGAAGCCGCCUGUGAUCAGCCUGCUGCUGUCUGCAGACCUGUACUGCAGGGCAGGCAGCUUCAUCUUUCAGAGCGAUGCCUCCAAGCCACUGCUGGGCCACGACGCUGUGAUUCAGGCUCUGGCAGAACGUGGACUCUACGUCACCGACCAGGAGAGACUGGUCACCGAGAGAGACCUUCGAAAGAGGCCCUUACAAAUGAGUGCCCACCUGGCUAUGAUAGACUCUCUGAUGAUGGCAUACACAGUGGAGACUGUGAGUGUGGAGAAGGUGAUGGCCUGUAUUUGUCAAUAUUCUUCCAGCAGGCCAGAGUUCGAAAGACCAUAUGAUACGGAGGACACCGUGACCACCUGGAUCAACAAGGUAAAUGAAUAUCUGAAAGACAUCGUGGCUCAAGAGCAGAAGAAGAAAGAGACGCAGAAUGCCGAGCCUGCUGGGAGUCCUCGGUCUCCAACCAAGUGGUACAUGAAGCUUGUGCCUGCGCGGUACAGGAAAGAGCAAACCUCUCCCCAGUCCGAUCUGUGGAUCCCUCCUGUGGACAACCUGCUGAAAGACAGCACAGACGGCUCGGCCCUGGGUGCUCUGCUGCACUUCUACUGCCCGCAGCUGCUUCCACUGGAAGAUGUUUGUCUGAGGGAGAACAUGACGCUGGCAGAUCGACUCUACAACCUGCAGCUCAUUCAGGACUUCUGCAAAGACAACCUGAGCAGCUGCUGCCCCUUCAGCCUGGAGGACAUGCUCUACGCCUCCUCCACCGUCAAGAACAACUACCUGGUGUUCAUGGCAGAGCUGUUUCAGUGGUUUGAGGUGGUCAAGCCGUCUUUUGUGAAACCAAGAGCACUGGCCAAUGAAGGCACAGAGACGUCAUCCUUGCUGAAGAGUGUGCCAGAAAUGACCACAAAGGCAACCAAGAGAAGCUUCACGGAAAGACCUCCUAGUCCUGAGGGAGACAAUUUGUUCCGGCGACCUCAGCCUAGAAACUCGGGAGAGAUUAAGAGGUCGAGCUCAAUGUCUUUUGUUGAUGGGAACCUUGGUACGUGGCCCAAAGAGAAGAGAUCUGGGCCUUAUGGAGUGUCGUUUGACAUCCCGUUUGACAAGGACGACUCUGCUACAGUUCCGCUUUCUUCCACACGUGGCAUGGUCAGGUCUGUCAGCACCGAUGAUGGCUCCGGUUUCAAGGUCCACCACAUGCCGCGUGGAAUGAAGCGCAACUUGUCCUUCCAGCCAGUGAACGGUCAGAGUGUUGGCAUCGAGGAGGAGGGCGGUCCAGACAGUCUCGCUGGUGCGGAGCCCGGCAAGCAAGCGUUUCCCAAUGGACUUGAGAGUGUCAUGGCAACAGCUCCCUCAAUAGAAGAGGCCCUUCAGAUUAUCCACAGUCCUAGCAGACCUGUUGCGGAGGGCAUCAACAACAGUGGUUUCUUCCUGCACGGUCCGGCCCAUGGUGGUGGCUUAGAGCCGGUGUCAGAGGUGCAAUCGAAAGGACCCUCAAGCACUACAGACACCACAGAAGUGGACACAGGUGUCCAUAUCCAUACAGAGGACAUGCUAGAUGAGGAUUCCUCUCUGAAAGACUGCUCGAUAAACAUGGAGCUGGACAUGGACUCGCCAAGCCCUAGCCCAAGCAGUCAGAGCAAAUCUCCCUCAGCAGCUAAAUUGACCAGCUUCGCCGAGCAGAAGUUCCGUAAAUUCAAUCCUUCAGCACCAGACUCAGGACGGGGUAGCAGCAGCUCCCUCAAGACCACACCUGAGGGAUCGGAGUUUGGCCUCUCAUUAUCCGUGUCCUGGGCUCCAACCCCUGAGCACAGUCCCACCCACCAACAACCCACAACGCCCCUUACUACACAACAAUCACCCACACCUGUGCAGCUUCCACCAAACGACCCCGCUCAAGUCAUGGCCACAGAGAUGGUACAGCUGAGGAUAAGACUGGAGGAGAAACGGAAAGCCAUUGAAGCACAGAAGAAGAAAGUGGAGGCUGCUUUUACAAGGCAUCGGCAAAAGAUGGGUCACUCAGCGUUUCUCAACGUGGUGAAGAGAAAAGGGGAUGGAGCUGCCAGUGGAGAGGAAGAAGGGAAAACUGAGGGCGAAGGCAAGGUUAGUCCGGUCUUUAAAUUUGGAAGGAGCAAGGCAGACACACCUGAUGGGGCAGAGCAAAGCACCACGGCCUCCUGUUGCACCAAGUCCCCCAGUGCAGGAGAGGAGGGUGGACAAAGUCAUGUUCAGUUAACGGAAGUGGAUCUCACGGAGUAUACACAUUCUAUCGAUAAACUCAACCACUCAUUAGCGUUCCUCCAAACUGAGAUGCAGCGACUGGCUCAGCAGCAGGAAGUCAUCAUGGCCAUGAGGGAGCAGCAACAUCAGCAGCAGGCGUGGGUCAUCCCUCCUCGAUGUACAGAUCCCUCACCACAGAAACAAAGCCGAGCCGCAGCUGUCACUCGAUCCUCAGGACCCUCCUCUCCCGCCGACUCCCCACGUUCCACCCACCGCUCUCCAACCAGCAUCAAACGCAAAUCUGCCUCCUUUCACUCGCGCAAUCCUCGCACUGUUCGUCCCACUGAGCUCAAGCUGGCCCCCUACAAUCGCGUCCUAAACGCGCCGCAGUCCGUCGACAGCAUCCCAAGGCUACGGCGAUUUUCCCCAUGCCAGCCUUUGGCAAGUGCUUUUGUUUACAUGGGGGAGAAACCAGCAACCGCCAAUCCAGAGACAGUAUCUAGGGAUAGCAAUAGAAAUACUGAGCCUGAUCUCAUCCUUUCCCCAGAGAGGGAAACCUCUGGAGAAAGUAUAUUUGUAGCCAGCUCAUCACCCAGCUCCCCCAACCUGCAGAACAAAAGAGAACAAACAGAAGUAGAUUCAAAUGCCAAAACCCAGAAAACAGAUGCUCAUGGCAAAUCCAAGGUCACUGAAAUGGUAACAGACGACCAGACAACAACAAAUCAAGAGUCAGUCGUAGAUGUCAAACCUAUACAACAAUCUUCAUUUGCUGAAUUUCUGGCUCACCCUGUCGUGGAAACCUUCACGGUGACUCCUACACAUCCAGAGGCCUCGGGCCAAGCAAAGAGCAACUUGAUUGAGGUUCCUCUGUCGGUCAUGAAGCCACUUGAGGACCUGACUCUGGAUGAUGGUCUGGAGAUGCAGCAGGAUGACGUGGAAAGCCUGGACGAAGAACCGAUGGUGUGUCGUGGCUUCUUCUUCAAGGAUGACGAGAAGGCCGAAGAGAACAUGGCUCAGAAGAGGGCGAUGCUGCUGGAGAAAAGGAUGAGGAGGGAGAAGGAGAGCCAGCAGAGGAAGAUGCAGCAGGAGGCCGAGCUGGAGCUGAAGAAAGAGGAGGCUCGACUCAAAGCCGAGGAGGAGCGUCUCAGGAAGGAGGAGGACAAGGCCAGGAGGGAUUUCAUCAAACAGGAAUAUCUCAGGAGGAAGCAGCUCAAACUGAUGCAGGACAUGGACACUGUCAUCAAACCCCGACCAGGCAGUGGCACCAAGCAGAGGCGGGGCCGGCCGAAGUCCAUCCAUCGUGACAACAUAGACUCCCCCAAAACCCCUGUCAGAGCUGCCGCAGGUUCACGCCAACGUGUCUUUUCAGUCUCCAGCUUGUCCCUGGCUUCUCUCAACCUGGGAGACGGCAACAGUGGCAACUCUGAGAAGAGAGCACCAAGAAGUGCUAGUUUAGCCUCUGGCAGUCUCUUCUGCUUUCUGAGCUCUCCUAAACUGAGAAGGAGAAGGCCAGACUCUGCAGACGGCUUCUUGUCGCCGAGUCGCUCCAGCAGCAGAAAUGGAGAGAAAGACUGGGAAAAUGGCUCCACAACCUCUUCUGUUACGUCCAACACAGACUACACUGGGCCCAGGCUGUACAAGGAGCCCAGUGCCAAGUCUAAUAAGCACAUCAUCCAGAACGCUCUGGCCCACUGCUGCCUCGCAGGCAAAGUCAAUGAGGGGCAAAAGAAUAAGAUCCUGGAGGAAAUGGAGAAAUCGGGGGCCAACAACUUCUUGGUUUUGUUCCGCGACGCCGGCUGCCAGUUCCGCUCCGUCUACACUUACUGCCCCGAGAUGGAGGAGAUCAACAAGCUGGCAGGCAUCGGCCCAAAGAGCAUCACGCGCAAGAUGAUCGACGGCCUCUACAAGUACAAUUCAGACAAAAAGCAGUUCAGUCAGAUACCAGCCAAGACCAUGUCCGCCAGCGUGGACGCGGUGACGAUUCACAGCCACCUCUGGCAAACAAAGAAGCCAGCCACCCCGAAAAAAGUAGUGCCUGCCCUGUCCUAAUGGAACGUGGUAUGCCAGACAUUACGCCAUUUCCUUCGUACAUGGAACAUACAGUACCUUUUCCCAAUUUGCACUUCACUGUACAUAUCCAUUAAGAUUCAAACACCUGCAACGCCAGUUUAUGUUUCCUCCCAUUGCAUUCCUACCUUUGUUUCCUUCUCUCUUACUCUGCAGUGGACAUGACGAGACUCAAAGAUAAAAAAAAAACAAUUGGAAUGUAUGCCAUUGUUAAAUGAUGCUGUAGAUGCUUCUCACUCCAGUUUGAUUUGGUUUACAGAUGUAAGUGUGAGUGUUGUUCUUACGUGCCAAAUGUCAAAAAAGAGACAGUAUGAAUGCUAGGACAUUUUACUCGGUACACGAACUGAAGCACUGAAUGUUUUGAAUUCAUGUACAGAUUGAAUUUGAGAUUGAAUGAUCCUGUUGAAUGUGUGGCCUUCUGCUUGGUGGAGUGUGCGAGUGCGACGGCGUGGUUGCAGAGCAGCGUAUGAUGUAUGUGGAGGCUUGUUUUGUAUUAAGAGAAAAAAAAAACCUUUUCUUCUCUCUGUGGGUAAGACGGUUAGUACGGUAAGGUAUGUUACAAUGACUAAGGGCCAAAAAAACAAAAGUAAUUGCAUACAGCUAGUGUUAGCCACAUGCUACAUGUGUGUUCAGCAUUACAAAGCCAAUCGGUCUCAGCUUUUUCAGAAACCCUGUUGAGAAAUUGAUUUUACAGAAUGUCUACAUGAGCUAAACUCUUGAAAUGUACAAAUACUCCGGCCUUACAGUGAAAACUGACAUCUGCAAAAAGGUUUCAUUCCAGCUGGUUUACGAGAGACAGGCGUGAGAACAAACAGAACAGUAUUAGUUUUUAUGCUUCCUUUCUGCACUUAAUAGGAGCUUUGCAGUAAAUUAGGAUAGUGAACAAUCACACUCUCACCCCUUUGGUGGGAGUAUGACAGGACUCCAACUCAUAAUGACAACUAGUAUUUCUCUCCAUGUCAGGAUUCAUAAUUAAACUCCGCUUGUACUCUCUUAGCAGUAUUAAACUAAAGGCUGGAACUAAUGCACUCAUGAAUAAUGAUAUUUAAUCUCAAGACACCUCUGGACCACCAAGCAGCCAAAUGUAAACAUAACAGUUAGGAUUUGUGGUUAGUAAUGAAUCAGAUGUUAUUUAUAAAGCCAGUUGUGCAUCACAGUGAGUUACUAAAUGGCCACAAUGUGUGAUUUUUAACACUUAUGAUCUGUGUAAAAGCAGCAUCUUUCACUUGUAAAUGGAAGAUUUCCUGAAUAGGCAUCAGACCUUUUUUUAUCUGACGUCUGGAGAAUGAAUUUUAGACAAUAAUAAGUACAAUUAAGAGGGCAAAUACUUUUCUAACACACUCUUGUAAUCACUGAAUGUCAAAUCAACACCAUUCAUCUGCUGACGGUGAUGUGCUUUCAGCUUGUUGGGGAUAUUUAUGACCAAAAAGGAGCAUAAUCAUGUCUUUGAAAAGUGUUUUUUUCUGUUGUUGGAAGGAUUUUUUCCACAGGAAGUUCUGUUUAAAGCCAAGAAAAAAACAACAUUGAUUAUUUAAAUUGUAAUGAUACUGUACAGUGUUUUCAUCGUAGUUCAAACCUAUUCACUGAUGACUUUGUUUGGUUUGUCAGACGCUGUGCUGUCAUUCACAGCACUGCUGAACAUUUGUUUUGUUUUUUAUUAUUAUUUAAUAUUUGUUGUUUUUUUUUUGCAUUAAAUAAACUUAAGCAUGGCCUCAG